AUGGGUGUUCACGAUUUGUGGUCCAUCAUCGAGCCGGUUCGUGAGUCGGUGCCGUUGUACAGCUUGAGCGGAAAGACGCUAGCGGUGGACCUGAGUCUAUGGGUGUGCGAGGCCCAGCACGUCCAAGCGAUGAUGGGGAGAGUCACCAAGCCGCAUCUCAGGAAUCUGUUUUUCAGGGUGUCGUCCCUCACCCUGAUGGGGGUGAAGCUCGUCUUUGUGGUGGAAGGAGAGGCCCCGAAACUGAAAGCGGAAACCAUGAGCAAGAGGACGCAAACACGAUUUGGAGGAUUCAAAAAGACUGCGGCAGCGAAGUGCGCGACGAACACCAGCAGGGGGCGCUUCAAGGCUGUACUCAGAGAGUGUACAGGGAUGUUGGACUGCCUGGGUGUGCCGUGGGUGACGGCUGCUGGGGAGGCUGAGGCCAUGUGCGCUUACUUGGACUCGCAGGGCCUGGUGGACGGAUGCAUCACUAACGAUGGUGAUGCUUUCCUGUAUGGAGCUCAGACUGUAUACAGGAACUUCAACAUGAACAGCAAAGAUCCUCAGGUGGACUGUUAUCAAACAUCACGAGUUCAGUCCCAGUUACGUCUGUGCAGAGAGAACCUUGUCGGUCUGGCCAUUCUCCUUGGCUGUGAUUAUAUUCCUAAGGGAAUACCAGGUGUUGGUAAAGAGCAAGCGCUGAAAAUUCUCCAGACUCUAAAGGGAGAAACACUUCUACAAAAGUUUGACCGGUGGAAAGACAGUAACGCAGGUGUGUCUGAGGGAUUUGCAAAGAAGGUCCCUCACUGCCACAUAUGUCGACAUCCUGGAUCAGCAAAGACACAUGAGCGUGGAGGUUGUUUGCUUUGCAACAGUAAACAUUUCUGUCAACCACAGGACUUUGAUUAUCAGUGUCCUUGUGACUGGCACCACUACGAAAGCAGACGCCAGGCCUUGUCUUUGGAGGAGAACGUCAAGAAGAAAACUCUGGCGAGUCAGCAUUUUCCAUUUACAGAGAUUAUUAACGAGUUUAUGAUCGCUAAGGAUAAACCCGUGUCUCAUUUUAAGAGAAGACGGCCAAACAUGCUGUUGAUGCAGAAAUUUGCAUAUGAGAAGAUGGAGUGGCCGAAGCACUACACCAGUGAGAAGGUCUUAGUGCUGAUGACCUAUGUGGAGUUGAUGAACAGGAAACUUGGAAGCGUCUCAUCCUCUCAAAUCAAACCCCUUCGAAUAGUGAAACCCAGAGUGAGGAAUGCUGUCGCUUGCUUUGAAGUCAUUUGGAGCACUCCAGAACAUUACGUAUUUCCUGAUGAUCAUCCUGCAGAGGCUCAACAUGAGGUGAGGACGAUUGAGGAAGAGUCUCUGUUCUGUGUGGCCUUCCCAGAGGUGGUGGAAAGGUACCAGAAAGACAAAACUCUGGACAAGACCAAAAAGAAGAAAACGAAGGCUAAAAAGGAGAAGCCCGCUGACGUCUCGGAUGGUUUCUCAGACGUCUUCGCUCAGAUGAGUCUCGGUUCUGCUCCCGCUCACCCACAAGCGUUACCCGCUAGCAUUUCAAACACACAGGAGGCAAAGGUCGAGGCUUCGGAUGCUCCAGUAAAUCAAAAAGAAGAGCGUGGUCUGGCUGUUUGUCCCAUCACUCCCGUGUCUCGUACAGAAUCAGAGGACGCUGCUUCAGCGUCUUUCUCUGCCGUUGUCGAUGCUCUUCACCUGAGCGAUAUUGACUGGGACGCGCCGUCCUUCACAUCAUCUCCCCCUCCACAAACCGCCACAAGCCACACUGCAGACCCCAAGCGAAACAAAGCCACAGAGACGGAGGGUAGAAGCCUCAAACAGACGCCCAGCUCCGCUCCAGAGCCGUGUUACACAGAUUGUUCUCUGAGGGACAGGGUGCUUAUGAAGAAUGCGUCCAAAGCUGUGAACCAGAAGAAGGAAAAUGAUAUGAGCUAUAAGUUACCUUCUCUUGAACACCUUCCUAAUUAUGACUUAGACACAAAACCCUAUGGACAGAUGUCCUGCAACAAUAACAAUAGCAGCAAAUCUACCGGGAAGAAGGCCGAUGUUACCAAAACUGAACCAAACGCAUACAAAGGUCACAGAAGUAUGAAAACUAAAAUAUCACAACAGCCAAAAAUGUCAAUGCAAAAUCUGUCCAAGGCGAAGGAUCAGUGUAAUGAAACGCAACACAAAUCUGUUCCCACGGCUGUUCCCUCAUUUGCUGUUCAACCUGAGAGAUGCAGCUCUGACUCGGGUCAGAGUGAUAAGGAAAAAAAGAAGUCCUCCAAGAAGACUGUGUGUGUGAGCGUGUGCUCGUCCAGCGACGACAGCGACGCAGAGAACCGCCACUCUGGACCUCAGAGAGCGGCUCACGUGAACCCUGCCACCCGGACCAAGCCUCGCUUCAUCGCAGACUUCCCACUGAAACCGCUGUCCGGCCCCACAGCAGCCAGAACCUCCAGGAGCGCGACCCGCCGCCCUCAGCCGUCGGGACCGAAGCCCCAGAAACGCUGUGCCGACGCCGAGAUCCGCCUCCCGACGGCAGCGUCCGGAAGCAGAGGCCGGGAUGCAGCUGCAGCCGAGGGCGAGCUGCUCCCGGCGCCGUCGUCGCCUGUUACUGUGUCGGACAGCGACGAUUCAGUGGUUUGUAGCGAUAGUCCGCUGCCACUGGCGGAAAGACUGAGACUGAAGUUUCAGAAGUGAGCACG